ACAUAGGAUACGCUGCGUUUCAUUAAACGUGAAACCAUCUGAUUUUGGGUCUGAAUUGGGCUUUGCUUUCAGAAACCAGAAGCUCUUCGCGUGAGGCCCAUCGAUCUAGAGUUUCGAAAGCGUUCUUUCAUCUUCUUCCUAAAAAUCAGAGAGAGUUGAUUUAAUCCUGCAGACCGUUUCAUAAUAUCUGACUCGAUUCUUAGUUCUCAGAGUUUUAGAGAUUCUAAGUUUUUCGCUUCUUAAAUUUUUGUGUUCAAAAAAAAUUGUUUUUUACAGAGAAUUUGAAAGUGGAAGGGUAAAUUAAGAGGAGGAUCAUCGGGAGUAAAAGCAAACAAGAUCAUGAUUGUAACGAUGUUCGAGAAUAGGUAUCCGUUCAGAGGAUCUUCUUCCGCCGGCAAAUACUCUUCGCCACCGCCGCCACAGACUGUCAAUGAGUCGGAUCUUAUUACGAAAUCGAUCACUCUGUUCUCCCUCUCAGAGUCUCAGAUCGCCACAGCAACUCAAGUCCAUCUGAAUCGUCAUGCGAGAGAAAGGUUAGCUUUUUACUUGAUGCGGAGGACACUAUUGCUGAAUACGAGAAUAAUGCAAAGGCGAAAAGAACAGAAAAACUGGAGAAACAGGAAGGCUAAGCACUUGAUCGUUUGAACAAUCUCGACCAUGUAACUAAAGUUGAGUUUUUACACCGCCUCAAUGACUUAAAAGAUGGGUUCCGG